CCGCCCGCAGCGCCGCGCCGGCAGGGCGGGGUCUGGAGCGGCGCGGUUUCCGCUUCCGCUCCCUCUCCUCUCCCGUCCCGUUACCGCCUCCUGGCUGGCCUCGCGCCUUUCGCCGGCACCUUGCGUCUGCCGCGCAGCCGGGUCUGCUCCCUGCCACGAGCGCCCUCGGAGCUCCGGCUCCGGCGCCGGCAAGGGUCGCGUCCCGCUCGCUUGUCGCACAGGCCUCCGGCCAGCCGCCGCCAUGGGUGCCUACCUCUCCCAGCCCAACACGGUGAAGUGCUCCGGAGACGGGGUUGGCGCCCCGCGUCUCCCGCUGCCCUACGGCUUCUCCGCCAUGCAAGGCUGGCGCGUCUCCAUGGAGGAUGCUCACAACUGUAUUCCAGAGCUGGACAAUGAGACAGCCAUGUUUUCUGUCUACGAUGGACAUGGAGGGGAGGAAGUUGCCCUGUACUGUGCCAAAUAUCUUCCUGAUAUCAUCAAAGAUCAGAAGGCCUACAAGGAAGGCAAGCUACAGAAGGCUUUAGAAGAUGCCUUCUUGGCUAUCGAUGCCAAAUUGACCACUGAGGAAGUCAUUAAGGAGCUGGCACAGAUUGCAGGGAGACCCACUGAAGAUGAGGAUGAUAAAGAAAAAGUAGCAGAUGAAGAUGAUGUGGACAAUGAGGAGGCUGCAUUACUGCAUGAAGAGGCUACCAUGACUAUUGAAGAGCUGCUGACACGCUACGGGCAGAACUGUCAAAAGGGCUCUCCCCACAGCAAAUCUGGAGCUGGGACAGGCGAGGAACCAGGGUCCCAGGGCCUCAAUGGGGAGGCUGGACCUGAGGACCCAUCUAGGGAAACUCCUUCCCAGGAAAAUGGCCCCACAACCAAGGCCCACACAGGCUUUUCCUCUAACUCAGAACAUGGGACUGAGGCAGGACAAAUUGGUGAGCCUGGUACUCCUACUGGUGAGGCUGGGCCUUCCUGCUCUUCAGCCUCCGACAAGCUGCCUCGAGUUGCUAAGUCCAAGUUCUUUGAGGACAGUGAGGAUGAGUCAGAUGAGGCGGAGGAGGAAGAGGAUGACAGUGAGGAAUGCAGUGAGGAAGAGGAUGGCUACAGCAGUGAGGAGGCAGAGAAUGAGGAGGACGAAGAUGACACCGAGGAGGCUGAAGAGGAUGAAGAUGAGGAAGAGAUGAUGGUGCCUGGAAUGGAAGGCAAAGAGGAGCCUGGCUCUGACAGUGGCACAACAGCGGUGGUUGCUCUGAUACGAGGGAAGCAGUUGAUUGUGGCCAAUGCAGGAGACUCUCGCUGUGUGGUAUCUGAGGCUGGCAAAGCUUUAGACAUGUCCUAUGACCACAAACCAGAGGAUGAAGUGGAGCUAGCACGCAUCAAGAAUGCUGGUGGCAAGGUUACCAUGGAUGGACGAGUCAAUGGAGGCCUCAACCUCUCUAGGGCCAUUGGAGACCAUUUCUACAAGAGAAACAAAAACUUGCCACCUGAGGAACAGAUGAUUUCUGCCCUUCCUGACAUCAAGGUGCUGACUCUCACUGAUGACCAUGAGUUCAUGGUCAUUGCUUGUGAUGGCAUCUGGAAUGUGAUGAGCAGCCAAGAGGUUGUAGACUUUAUUCAAUCAAAGAUCAGCCAGCGUGAUGAAAAUGGGGAGCUUCGGUUAUUGUCAUCCAUUGUGGAAGAGUUGCUGGAUCAGUGCCUGGCACCAGACACUUCUGGGGACGGUACAGGGUGUGACAACAUGACUUGCAUCAUCAUUUGCUUCAAGCCGAGAAACACAGCAGAGAGCAGCAAGCGGAAACUGCAGGAGGCACUCUCUGCUGAGGGGGCUGAAGAGAACGGUAACAGUGAGAAGAAGGCCAAGAGGGACUAGCAGUCAUCCAGGCCCCCGCCCACCUGGACUGUUUUCUGAGCCCUCCGGACCUAAGACUGAGUUUUGUCUUUUUCUUUUAGCCUUAGCAGUGGGUAUGAGGUGUGCAGGGGGAGCUGGGUGGCUUUCCUCAGCCCAUUCCAAAGAGGGCUCUCCCUCCACAUGGCAGCCUGGGAACCUCUGCUGUCCUCUCCAGCCUCCUCCUUACUCCUUUGGGCUCAUCGCCGGUCGGUUCUGUGCCUGUGCUCUGUUGUGUUGGAGGGAAGGACUGGUGGUUCUGAUUUUUACUCUGUGAACACUUUAUUUAAGGACAUUCUUUUUUAUUGGCGGCGCCAUGGCCCCCAGCCGCUUGCACCCGCUCUCUGUUGUACACUUUCAAGCAACACUUUUUCAGACUAAAGGCCAAACAAAAACUAA